GACCCGAACCUGUUUGUAGAGUUGCCCCCAAACGGAAACACCGAGAUAUGGACUGAACCCGUGUUUGGCACUCAAUUUCUACCAAUUUUACCCCAUAAAGCAUUUGAAAACGGUUUAUACAACUCGGAUGUGGAACUGAUAGCCGGUGCGACCAAAGACGAGGGCUAUUUGCUGUCCCGCGGGUUAAUACCAGAGAUGCGGUCACAACUCACAGAACAGCUGUUCCGCAAAGCGGUCGGCGUUUUGAGCGACAAAUACCGUAACAUAGAUGUGGACAAAGUGUGCGAUCAUUAUCUCAAUGGUGUUCACAAAACCAAUUCAUCGCAAUUGAAGGCAGCGUUGAGUGCAUUGUAUGGCGAUCUGGUGUUCACGUGUCCCACCUAUAGGUUUGCCAAAGCGUACGCCAAGAGUGGGCAACGGGUAUAUUCCUAUCGGUUUAAUUUCCACACUCGCCUGUGGGUUGAUUAUUAUGGUUGCCCGCAAUGGGCCGUAUGUCACGCCUCCGACGGCGACUUUAUAUUUGGUAAAAUACUACGUAAACCGCAUUUGUUUACCGAAACUGAUUAUGACUUUAGUAUAGAUGUGAUAAAAAUGUGGACUAAUUUUGCAAAGACUGGCAAACCACACGAUGUUUGGCCACAAAUGGCGGACAACUCUGUUAUAAGAGUAAAAGACUUGAAUCCCAACGAUAUGUCACUUAUUCUCGAGAAUCCACACGAGAGUACAUGUGAUGGCAUUUGGAUCGUUUUCCUGUUACUUAAGGUACGCCCUGUAGAGCAGCGGACGUCUGACGAAUUCCCUCUCGGUCUCCAUCAGAAAGAGCAGGUCUUUAAGACCACUUUUGGCGCCCGACGUGAACGACGAGCUAAGGCUGGACGCCAUCGCCGACUGAGUGCCGCCACCCGUGGUGUUGGUCGCCGUCCAAUUCAAACUAGUCUUCAGUCGUUUCGGCGGCACUCCUAUGGCCUGCAGUGCCGUCUCAUUGACCUCGCGUUGCCGGAGCUCUUCCCACUCCUGGCGCCGCAUCUCUUUGGCCCUCUGUUUGACGGCUCUGUGGUCGAGAUCGUCGGCUUUCGGUCGACUUUUGGCGCCUUUAAUGAAAACCUCGCGCUCCUGUACUUCAUGUCUGCGUUUCUCGAUUCUGUCCAACUCCUGAAGGAACGUCGUCUGACCCCUCACGUCCUGCACCACCUCGUAGUGGCCGUAACUCUUCACCCGUUCCAGUCUGUGCUCCGCAAACGCACCCAACUUCUCGACCAGUGUCUUGAGCCGCGCCUGAACCGCGUGCGACACCAG